CCCCAAUCCCGCCCAGGAUGGCGGGGGGCGGAUCGGAAGUGACGGCGGGAGGAAGCUCCGUCCCGUUUGAAAGUGCCCGGCGGAGCCGCCGCUGCCCACUGUUCCCCGCCCGGGCCGCCAUGGCCGCCUUCGCCAUGGAGCCGCCGCCCGCAGGAGCUGAGCCAAUGACUCUUGGCUCCCCGACAUCUCCCAAACAAGGAGCUGGUGCUCAGUUUCUUCCCGGGUUUUUGAUGGGUGACUUACCUGCACCAGUGACUCCCCAGCCACGUGCUUUAUGUGGCCCUUCGGUUGGAGUAAUGGAAACGAGGUCUCCACUACUUGCAGGAGGAUCUCCCCCACAGCCGGUCGUCCCUACACAUAAAGACAAAGGUGGUGCUCCCCCAGUUAGGAGCAUUUAUGAUGAGUUAUCUAGUCCUGGGCUUGGAUCAACACCUCUAACCUCAGGAAGACCAGCCAACUUCUCGUUAACACAGAGCCCAUCGGUUGGAAUUCUGCCAUCAACUCCAGGCACAGCUUCAAGUGUGUUCAGUCCUGCAAGUAUUGGGCAGCCUAGGAAAACCACUCUGUCUCCUGCUCAGCUAGAUCCUUUUUACACUCAAGGUGAUUCCCUUACUUCAGAAGAUCAACUUGAUGACACAUGGGUAACUGUAUUUGGGUUUCCUCAAGCAUCAGCUUCCUAUAUUCUUCUACAGUUUGCUCAGUAUGGAAACAUAUUAAAGCACGUGAUGUCCAACACAGGAAACUGGAUGCACAUUCGAUACCAGUCGAAGCUUCAAGCCCGAAAAGCCUUAAGCAAAGAUGGAAGAAUUUUUGGUGAAUCCAUCAUGAUUGGUGUCAAGCCCUGUAUAGAUAAACAUUUGCUGAAGGGAGUGAAUGAAACUCUUCGGCAAGCUGAGCCUGAGCACGAGAGUGUGAUGGAAAACUCCGAAAGAAGCUCUGCAUCCUCAAUGUCUUCAGUUUUCACUCCACCUAUGAAAUCUACUGGCACACCAGUACAGCCUGCAAAUAGUACUACAAGGAUUUCUACAAUGAGACCUCUUGCAACAGCAUAUAAAGCUUCCACCAGUGACUAUCAGGUGGUUUCUGACAGGCAGACUCCUCGAAAAGAUGAAAGUAUUGUAUCCAAAGCAAUGGAAUAUGUGUUUGGCUGGUAAUGCCCAGGAGGAAGUACCACACUCAGCUGGUCAGGGUUUGAGCUGGCAUCCGUGGUUAGUUGUAUAACUACUGGUGGUAUUUUAUCUCCCACUGCGCCUGUUAUGCCUUCAGUUAAUUCAGCAGACAUGUAGCUUGCACUUUAAAUGAUGGCAGUGUACACGUGGUUUUGCAAACUGAGUAAGUGUAAAUAAAAGUGCUUUAUUCCCAUUUGUGCUCCAAUUGCAUGACUGUAGAAAAAAUGUCAGCACUGACUUCUCUAUAAUUGCUUUCUGGGAGUUAUUUCCCAGUAAGCUGGAAAUGCUUAAAAUGGCAGCUACAUUUACUGAUGCCUUUAAUUAAUUUUUUUUUCACCCCUCUGGAGAGGUGAUAGGCUACUUGCAAGAAGAAAACUGCACAGCUGGCUCCCAGGGACAGGGUCUGUUCUUAGUAUGUGGGAUUUGAUUUUAUUUUUUAUUAGGAUUCAUUACUGUUUUAUAAUUAUCUCUGGCAUACUGUUCUGAAUGUCGUAGCAACCUUUUAACUCUUUUUUUUAAAUUAAUAAAGAUCAAAUGAAGUUU